AUGGCCAGCGUGGUGGUGAAGACGAUCUGGCAGUCCAAGGAGAUCCAUGAGGCAGGGGACCCCCCGGCGGGCGUGGAGAGCCGCUCCCAGAUGAUCCCAGAGGCUCCUGGGGGGGUGACCAGCCCAACCAAGGGGAUCUCGAAGAAAAAGAAGGCCGUGUCGUUCCACGGGGUGGAGCCUCGGAUGUCCCACGAACCAAUGCACUGGUGUCUGAACCUCAAACGGUCUUCGGCCUGCACCAAUGUGUCCCUGCUCAACCUGGCUGCCGUGGAGGCCACGGACUCCUCCGUGACAGACUCUACCACGGAAGACAGCAGCUCGCUGGCGCUGCCCGUGGCCCCCACCUCCCCCACCCCACCCUGGACUCCAGAUGAUCCAGAUAUCACGGAACUACUGAGCGGGGUCAACAGUGGAUUGGUUCGCGCCAAAGACUCCAUCACCAGCUUGAAGGAAAAAACCACCCGGGUCAACCAGCACGUGCAGACGCUGCAGGUGUGCGGCCCACCCUGCCCCCCAACACCUCCUCUUCCUCCGGGGCGCUUGGCUCUCUUAGGCCCCUCCACCAGCUCAGUGAGCCCAUGGCCCAGCUGGAAAGCCAGAGGCUCAGAAAGGAAAGUCGUCUUCCCAGGCCUAGCCUCUCCCCACCACGGGGGGGGGGACCAGAGGCAGGGGGCAGACACUGGCUGUGGGGGCCAGGGGGGAGGUGUGCCUUGUCAUCUGGGGUGCCACCUGUAUGGGAAUAGAGGGGAAGGGCAAGGAGGCAGAACUGGAAUGGGAAGGCAGGGCCCCUGCCCCGGUGUCCUGACCCAGGAGAACUGCCGGAAGGUGACCCGCUCGGUGGAAGACGCUGAAAUAAAAACCAACGUCCUGAAACAGAACUCCGCCCUGCUGGAGGAGAAGCUGCGCUACCUCCAGCAGCAGCUGCAGGACGAGACGCCCCGGAGGCAGGAAGCCCAGCUGCAGGAGCUGGAGCAGAAGCUGGAGGCAGGCCUGUCCCGGCAGGGCUGCUCGGGGCCGCCCGGGAGGGCCCCGGGGGCCCGGGCCGGGGAGGGCCUCGUCAUGAGUGAGCAGGAGGUGCAGAAGGUGUCUGCCGGCCUGGAGGACCUGAGGCGGGAGGUGUCCUCGCUGACCGGGCCAAUCAGAGCAGAGAGGGGCAGGCAGGGCGGGGUGUGUGCCCUGCUGGUCACGGGCACAGCCUCGCUCGGAGGGGCGCCCUCGAAGCCCUGGCUAUUGUUCCGCUUCAGGGUGGAGCGGUCAGCCGUGUCCGUGGCUUCGCUGAGGAGCGAUCUGGAGGGCCUGGGCCCUGUGAAGCCGAUCCUGGAGGAGCUGGGGCGGCAGUUCCAGAGCUCCCGCCGGAGUUCCGACAUCUCCAUGAGCCUGGAGCGGGCCCCCCAAGGCUCCUGCACCCGCUGUGCCAGCCAGGGGCAGCAGCUGUCCACGGAGUCCCUGCAGCAGCUGUUGGAGCGCGCCCUGACCCCGCUGGUGGACGAGGUGAAGCAGAGGGGCCUGGCCCCGGCCUGCCCCAGCUGCCAGCGGCUGCACAAGAAGAUUCUGGAGCUGGAGCGCCAGGCCUUGGCCAAGCACGUCAGGGCAGAGGCCCUGAGCUCCACCCUGCGCCUGGCCCAAGACGAAGCCUUGCGGGCCAAGAACCUGCUGCUGACGGACAAGAUGAAGCCGGAGGAGAAGGUGGCCUCCCUGGACUAUCUGCACUUGAAGAUGUGCUCCCUCCAUGACCAGCUCAGCAACCUGCCACUUGAGGGGUCCACGGGGACAAUGGGAGGAGGAAGUAGUGGGGGUGCUCCCCCCAAACGUGGGGGCUCAAACCCAGAACAAUAAACGGCCCCUCAUGCUGGCAUGAACUCUUGUCUCCUUGUUGGCACCGAAAGAUGGUCAGUAAUUUGGAUGCACACCAUGCGGUCCUCGGCUCACAGGCGUCUCCAUCCCAGAGAGACGCCGAUGAUGGGCCAGGUCUUUGGAAAGAAGAUAGGGGGUAAAAGAAGGUUCUAGGAUGCAGUCUGUGCGUCAGUCAACCAACCUUUCUUUAGGGUGAUUUUUCCUAGGUCCUUGCCUAUUGCUGUGCAAAGAAUUAUCC